UGAACAUGAACCGCCAUCCUCUACUCAAUCGUCUGGAGGGAAGAUUGGUGGAGGUUUUCCACCGCGUAGGAGGGAGCGGCUCACUGCUACAUGCAGGAGGGAUUGGCGGACUCUUGCCCGGUGACAUUGACGGGCUUCAAACCUGCUACGGCGGACAGGUGGGCCGAAAUGACUGUGAAGAUGGACAAGAACGGAGUUGUGUCCGCAGUAGCCCGCAGCUGGUUCUCAGCCAAAAAAGUGGACGUCGUGAUCAACGCUGCGUGCUGUCGGCAGCUCACGAGCGAGGAGAUCUCAGCGAUCCAGAAAGACAUGGAAGAGUACAAAACCUGGGAGGAGGAUAGGAAGAGGAGGAAAGAGGCUUGGAAUGAGCUGCACGAGUACGCUUCUGAGUUCGUUCAUCGAAGCCUCCCCAAGCUGAGGCGCAAAGUGCAUAACGUCAUGAAUCAAUUGUCAGACGUGAAGGCUUGGUUGGGGACGUUGAGUGGUAGUCCCCCACCUGUUCCCCAUUUCCGUUCUAGGAUGAGGAAGCUUAAGGUUUCGCUUGCGACACGCAAGUUCACAGUUAUCGGGGUCUCGAAUCCUACGGGUUGGUGUCGAUCGUGUUUCCUUAAGCCACUUGGUAAUAUUGCGAGCGGCUUGAGCUCCGCUCUUGCCGACGCCGAUGACGUGUGUGAGGUGAUUAUCUCAACGACGAAAGAUCGCUUUGGACGUGUUUACCCGGCAUGCAAAUCAUCGUGGAAGGUUGGACUUAACGUUUGUCCAAUMUGCAAAGCCGGAGCUGCAGGUUGGGAGAGGGUGAGAGGGUUCUCCACCCCGGUGGUCGUAGCAGGGAGSUGCGUCCACUGCUUUCCGGAGCGGAAUGCGUCCCACGAGGACAUCGGGAUCGCGGCAGGGCCUUUCGUGCUGGCAGGGCUGACCGUCGUGGUGUGCGUCCGUGAGACAUCGGUUGAUAAGCAGUCGGGAUCCCGGCCACUGCUUCAGCAGAUCGAGGCCAUACAUGCUCGCAUUGAUGGGAAAUGGACGAACGUCAUCAAUGCGUACAAGCCAAUGUGGCCUACCAAACGGAGCUCUGCGGAAAGAGUUGCAGAUGCGGCAGCGUCGCACGAGAUUAUUCGAAGCUGGAUGGCUGACAAUGUCAACGAGGAGACUGCGGCUCGAAUCCGCAUCAUUUAUGCGGGGUACGUUACUCGAGACAGCUGGCAUGCGCUGGCCGAGACGCUCGAUGUGGAUGGAUUUCUCAUCGAUCUGCAGGACACCAAGGUUGAUUUCGUACACAUCGUGAAAUCCGUAGUACAGGAGUCACGAGGAGGAGGAGGAGGAGGAGGAGAGCAAGCGCGGAAGUAAUAGACGUUUCUCUCUAUUUUUCUUCCGUGUUUGGGCUGUUUUUUUUUCGCUAGUCUAGAAGGAAAGGAAAAGAAAAAAGAAACAGAAGGGAGGGAAAUGUUGCCUGCUCUUGCAACAGUUUUUGUGGGAACAUAUAUAUUAUAUCCUUGUCUUUUUUUCCUUCUUCAUUUUUUUCGGAAUUUUUUCCUUCUGGAUCAUCUUUUUGGACUUGACAAGAAACUAGUAUUCUCGAGGGAGAUUUUUUUCUUCCGCGAAAUCUGCUCGAGGAGUGGUGACAAUGUGCAAUGGAAUCUGAUCGAGACGGUCACGGAACAGUCGUUGAUCGUGACAAUAUCAGAGUAAAUUUAAUUCUUUGAA